AUGGCGAAGCCCAACACUGUCGAAAAGGACAGAAUCAGUACUUUGCCACUGGAGAUAGUGCUGAUGAUCCUGUCUUAUUUGCCUCUUCAAUCUCUCCUUCACUUUGGAGAAACAUCGCGCACCAACCACCUCUACCAUAUUUUGUCUCUCAAGCGACUCCGAUUAGCGGUCUUCCAAAGGCGAAUCCACUCUCUCAUCUCCUUUGUCCAAGCCGGCUGGCCUACAACAGGUCACUAUGAUAAGGGCAAAGAAAUAAUAUAUGCCGAUGAAGCUGUUGGAUAUACUAUCUCCGUCCUGCAACCACAAGCUUUGCGCACACGAAAGCGCAAGAUGUAUAUAUCUGACCUCGAAGAUGCAUCUUGGGAGAUAGAUUCUUUUCGCAAAGAUGAAACCGGCCUUCCCACGACGUUUGAACAGAUGGUCUGCAUGCAAAACGACAUACUCUCGAGUCUGCUAGGUCGAUAUGGAAAAUCGCUUGUACAGCUCGAAUUCAUGGCGUACGACAUGGACAUGGAGGGCGCCCUUGCCCUCGCUACCAACUGUCGGAGCAAAUUGCGACACCUUGCCCUCCGGUUCGAACACCCCCACGUUCGGGACGGGUCGAUGAGGCCUCGCGCGUGGCUUCAGCCCGCGCCCAGCAGUACGUGCUGGAAUGCUCUCAUUGGCAUUGGCCCGUACAAGCAAAUUGGGCUGACUGGUCUUCAAACCCUGAUACUCGAACGAGCCGGCAUCACACCGUGGCAGCUCAUGGUGCUUGUGAGAAACAACCCGAACCUCACAACCCUGAAGCUGCGGACCUGCACUGGGGUGCAUCCUGAUUUUUUGAGCUGGCUGGGGGGCAUGAGCAAUGCGCUCGAUAUGGACGCCGCCGGGGAUACCAAUUGUGUCGCCCCAGGUGCCAAACUGCAGGUUCUGUGGCUUGAAAACUGCCCGAACGUCAGCGACGAGCCUGCCGAUGCUCUCGAGGAGCUACAGGAGAAGGAAGACCCUGAUGCCGGCCUUCGGUGGGUGAAGAAACUCAAGUGUCUCAAGUCUCUCUCUUUUAGAGAGUGCAUGUCUCUCCCACCCACGCAUGUCGAUCAAGCAAACAAAUUGAUUUGGAACAUCCCCGAGGUGAUACUGCCAUAUACUAUCACUAGCGGAGACCAAGUUGAGGUCGACCCCGAGCUGGCCUGA